AUGUCAUCAGACGAGAGUGACAACGAUUUCGUUGCAAAUGAUGUCGAAGAGGACGAGGUUUCGCUAAAAAUUUUGAGGAAGAUUUAAAAAUUUUCUAGGGAAGCGUCGGUUCCGCUGCAUCUGACGACGCUGGUAGUGACGUAGAAGAUGUUAAACCAAAAGUGAAAAAAGAUCGUAAAAGAAAGGUUUUGGAAGAGCAAAUGAAUAUUUUUUUUGAGUGUGAAAUAUUUCAGAUUGCCUCUGACAGCGAGGGCGAUGAGGAAGCGGCAAGUGACAAGGACGAUGAAGAAGAAGAAGAUUCCGAAGACGAUUCUCCCAAGAAAACGACCAAAAAGAAGAAGGGAAAACGAGGGAAAAAUGUUUGAUUUUUGGGAGUUUCUUUGUUUCUUGAUUGUAUAUUUUAGAAACGCCCACGCGGUCUCGAUUUCAUUUUGCAAGACGUCGAUGUAGAUGAUGAAGAGUUGGAAGAAGAUGAAUACGAUGAAGAUGACGCCAGGGCCUUGGAACCGAAUGAGAAAGAAGAGGUCGAAGAAGAAUCAAAGAAAAGUCAAUAAUAAAUGAAUAUUUUUAGGCCGAGCGAUAUUUGAAGCAGAUCGAACAGGAUCGCAGACGGAGUGAUCGCGACAAAUUCGCGUAAUUUUUGAACUUCAAAAAAAUGAUAAUUUAAUUUUAGGAAUAUGAGCGCCGAAGAAAUCGGCCGUUAUUUCGAGAAUAAGUACAAAAAGUCGCAAAAUGAUCGAGCCGUCGUGGAUGAUGACGAUUCGGCCGUCGGUUAGUGAUCACUUUGGGGAAUAUCGAAUCAAAAAUGAAUUGAAAUAUGUCUUUUUUAAAGUUUAUAAAACUAGAAAAAAAUAUUUCAGAUUGAGUUCAUUUUUAAUAGAGAUUGAUGCGCAAAUUCAACUAAGAAAGGAGUUUUUUUCUCGAUUUUUCAUUUCUCAUUGAUUUAAGUUUUUGAAAUAUUGCUAAAAACUGUAAAUUUAUCAAAAAAAGAAACAAUAAUCAGUCAUUUUUUUAGGGUUUUUCUUGAAAGUAAUCUUCCUCGGAGUUGAGAUGUUGACCUGAGAUUAUUAUUUAAUUUUUUUAAAAUGUUGAGAAAAUGAGCACAAUGUGAAAGUUCAGUUUUAAAUAAUUAAAUAAUUUUUACUGAAACAUGAUUUCUUCAAUUAAAAAAUUUUUUUUGAAACGGAAAAUUGCUAUUCUUAAAGAUCGAACUUUUACAAAUUUAGAAAAAUCUUGGGAAAACUCAAAAAGUGUGAAAGAAAAUUUAAAAAAGCAUUUUAUUGCAGUCUUCAUUUAAAAAGUUUAUGAAUCACUCUCAUGCUAGCCAGGCUUCUCAACGGGCGUACCCGUAUUGAACCCGCGUUUUUAGAGGCUGUUUCAGUCUUAGUUGGGCUAAAACAGGAAAAUAACGGGUGCAAAAAGAGAUAGAUUAAUAUAUACAAUAUAUUUAUAAAUAUCCAGUCGUGGUUAUUUCGAAAAUCUGAGACCCAACUGAGCUAAAACGGUGUCUCAGAUGUGGUAAGAAAUGCCGGAAGUUCGACUGACUAUGUUCAAAACAGUUAAAUACGGAUACGCCCGUUUGGUCAACCUCACAUCAGCAUGAGAGUGAAGUACCUAAUAAAUUGAAGGUUUGCGAUUUUCAGAUGAAAUAACGAGAUCCGGAAUCUUGCCCUCAACCAAAGAACCCAAUUUGUGGAUCGUCAAAUGUCGGAUGGGCGAAGAAAAAAUGGUCGCCCUGCUCUUGAUGCGGAAGUAUUUGGCCCACGAAAAUACGCAGGAGGUUGGGAUGAUCUAGAAAGCGUAUUUUAAUACAAUUUCAGCCUCUCCAAAUCAAAUCGGUGGUGGUGAAGGAAGGCCUCAAGGGAAUGAUCUACGUCGAGUCCUACAAACAGGCUCACGUCGCCAGCGCCAUCGAGGGAAUCUCGGCCCUCAAUCAGUUCAAUAUCACGGUUUGUGAGGAAAAAGUCCAGAAAAGAGAAUUUUUGUGGCGAAAAGUUGAAAAAAACGGCUCUAAAAAUGAAACUAAGCGUGUAUAUAAUGUAGUUUCAGAGAAAAUGGUUUUUUUUUUUACGUGAAUUUGUAAUUUUGCCAGUUGAAUUUUUCAAAGUUUAAGCGCCUUCAAGUGUACAUAAUCCGAAAAAUGAAGCCUAAGAAUCCAUUUUUUGAAGUAGGCUCUUAAUUUAAUGAAAAUUUCUUUUCGUAGCUGAUCCAAUUCCACAUGAAAAAUAUUGAUUUUUAAAUGAAAUUUUCUAAAAAAAGUUUACGUGAGUUGGAAUUUUUUUAUUUGCCUACGGAAUCGGUCCAACAAAUGAUCUCAAAAAGGCCCCUGAAAUCGGAAUUUUUUUCUUGAUUCAGAAGCUCGAUUUUUCAGAAUUGAAACCGUGUAAUUUACAUACGUUUUUUUAUACGAUUUUUUUAAAAUUUUUCCAAUCCUUAUUGAAAAUUCCUGGUAGGAAGCUUUUUCGGAGAAGUGUUAGAACUAUUUUUUUCCCCGAAAUUGAGCAAAUACAAAUUUUUUUCCAUGAUUUAUUUGUGAAAAAGAUACAGUUUUUUUGCAGAUGGUUCCGAUCAAAGACAUGGUCGACGUGUUGAGAGUCGUCAAAGACACGCCCCAGUUGAAAAUCGGAUCUUACGUCCGUCUCAACAGAACAAUGUUCAAAGGAGAUUUGGCUCAGGUUGGAAAAUGAUUCAGAAAAAAUUUUUUUGCUUUGAAAAGUUCCAUUUUAUGUGUACCAAAAAAAUCAUUCAAAAAUGAAAAAAAUCAAACUUUUCAACUUUCCUUAGAUUUUUCCAUCACAUUCAAUCAAGAAUUCAUUAUUCUUAAGUAUUAACGAAACUAAAAUUUUGAUUCCAGGUCGAUUUGGUUGAUAUCGGAGGAAACAAAGUCAACUUGAAAUUGAUCCCCAGAAUCGACUAUAAUCGUAUGAGAGGAGCCAUGAGAACUGUUCGUUUUUCUACUUUCAAAAAAAUCAGAUUUUCUUUAAUUCCGACUCUCGUUUGUAGGAAGCCGAUAGAAACUACAAAUUGAAACGUCGACCAAUGGCCAAGCUUUUCGACGUCGAUGCAAUCAAGUGAGCUUUUUUUUCUUAAAUUCCAAUGAAAAUCGGAAGAAAAAUCUAGGAUUAAUGAAAAUAGCUGUUUUUGUCAUGACUUUUUGUGCUUCAGUCCUAGUUUAAAGGGUUAAGAUUUGGUUUUUUGUGUUUUCUGAUAUCUCAACGAUCGCCUUUUUCAUAUUCAAAUUCCUAUUUCUUUCAUUUUUUUUUUCCAAGUUUUCCCUCAAGUUAAAAAAAAAGGGAAAUUUGUAAAAUUCCAAGGGAAAGGGAAAUUUUCAAAUUUAAGAGUGCUUAUUUUUUUGUGAUCUACCUGAAAAGCUUGAAAAAUUUUGGUCAUUGAAAAAUUUUUUUCCACUUAUAAUCGAUUAAAAAUUAAGAUUUUUUCAUGAUUUUUCGGAAAAGGUUUUGAUUUUUUUGAACAAUACGUUUGAAAAAGAUUUUUUUGAAUUUUCUAUAAAAAGGUUUACAAAUUUUUCAAUUUUUCCCACCUUUAAGAGGGCUCUAUAAUUUUUUUAAAUCGCUCAAAAAAUUUUCCCAGCAAAGACUGCCGCUAAUUUCCAGAGAUAUUGGCGGCGAAGUGACCAACGACGGAGAUUUCGUCACUUUCGAAGGCAACAGUUAUCGUCGCGGAUUCCUCUACAAGUAUUUCCCAUUGAACGCGAUUGUCAGUUGAUUUUUAGAGAAUUCCAUGUUGAAUUUCCCAUUUUCAGCUCGCUGAUGGAGUCAAACCGUCCCUGGCGGAACUGGAAAAGUUCCAAGAAGCGAAUGACGAUUUGAAGAAAGAAUGUAAGGACUAAAUGAGGAAUAAUAAUCAAGAGUUGUGAAAUGAGAGAAGAAAACUUUUUAGGCUUCAUUUUGAGAAAAAAAGUAUUUGAAUCAAAAAGUGGUAACUACUUUUUAAUUUUUAAAAAAAUAAAAUUCCCAAAGCUGGGAUUCAGAAAAAAAGAUUUACCAAAGUUUUUCAAAGAUAUUUCAGCGAUAAUUUACUUUUUAUCAAAAAAAGAAGAGCUUUCCAAAAUUUACCUGACUAUGAAAACGUGAACUUCUGAGAAUUUUGAAAAAACAAAUUUUCAACUAAAAUAGGGAAAUUUUUGGAUAGGUACUGUGCGUUUAUGUGAAUUUCCUAUAUUUCAUUCUUUUCAUGUCGAGAAAGAAUAACAAAAAAACCAAUUAUUUGAAUAUUUUUUUCUUCUCGGAAUUUUUCCUAGCUCAAGAAUAUGAAAAAUUGUGAUAAUGAGCUUCAAAAAAAGUGGAAUUUAUCGUUUUUUUAUACGAUUUGAAGUCAUUAUUUAAAGGACUGGUAGAAUCGUUCGAAAAAAAAAAUUUUUUUUGGUCAAACACUAAGGCUCCUGCCAUAGCUUGACAUUAUAUAUAUGCAAAAAAAGAAUGAUAUCAAAAAUAAUAUCCAUCCCUUAAGUGGAAUCGACGAGCAUCAAAGAGACGGAAAAUCCGUUCGUUCCUGGGGAUAUGGUCGAAGUAAAAUCCGGAGAAUUGGUCAAUUUACGCGGUAAAGUCGAGACGAUCGACGGCAGCAAAGUCGUUUUGAUUCCCGAUCAGGAGGGUCUCAAGGUAAGGGAUUCACGAAUUCAGGCUGUAAGACUUUCGGAAAAAAAAUAUCCAAGAUAUAAUUUUUUUAAUAUUUUUCCUUUUUUUAAUUUUUUUAGAAGGGAACAAGGUAGGAAACUUCAGGUAAAAAUUUUUAAAAAAAUUUAUUUUUGAAAAAAAGUUUUUAUUAUAAGAAAUACGUUGGAAAUUUUUUUGAUUUUAUACAGGUUCAGUUUAAAAAAAUUCAGAAACUUUUUGGAAAAAAAUAAAUUGCAAAAAAAAUAUUCAGGAUUUUUACUUUAAAUAUUUUUCUGUAAAAAAACUGCAAAAGUCUCAGAUUUUUUUAAAAUAAAACUUCUGUUGAAAACUUUCAAAGUCUAUAAAAAAAUAUGUAUUUAAAAACUGAAAAGAUUCAAUUUUCGCCUUUCCCAGGACCCCAUCACCCUCAACGCCUACGAAUUGCGCAAGUAUUUCAAAGAUGGAGACCACGUCAAGGUUUGGAACUUCUCUGGAAAGAAAAUAAUAAUAUUUGGGACAUUUCCAGGUGAUAUCCGGGCGAUACGAGGGCCACACGGGUUUGAUCGUCCGCGUCGUCGAGAAUAAUGUCAUUAUGCUCUCGGAUUUGGGCAUGGAUGAGGUUUGUUCAGCGCGGAAUUGCUCAAAAAAGACCUUAAAAAUGGAAAUUUAGCUCAAAAAAUUCCGUUUUUCGAAAUCGCGGACUUCACUGUUUCAAUAAAAUUAAAAAAGCUUCUAGAAGGGCGGUUUUAUUCAUUAUUACAAUUUCAUGUUUGGGCUAUGUUACAUUGUAGCUUCUAGUUAUUUUUUCCACCAAUAAUGAUAAUCUUGAGAAAUCCAGAGUGAUCUUUGUAGGGGCAACUUUAGGGGGCCCCUUUAGCUUCCCCUAGAGGGGUUACUGAAGCUUGUAAAAGAGGCCUUUGUAGGGGUUUUAGUAGUAAGUAACCCUAUAAGAAUUUUUUUAAAGUUUCAAGUCUGAAAAUGAAUCAAAAGACCCCUACAGGGACCACCUAAAUUUUACCUCUUCAGGGAGCAUUUUCAACCCCUAUAUGGCUGGUUUUCUUUCCUGACCCGUAUAGGGACCACUUUGGCGUUCUAAAGAUUGAAUAAAGAAAAAGUCUUAACAAAGAUUUCAAAAAGAACAUUCGCAAAAAAAAAUUCCCAAUUAGCGAAAAAAAAUAAGCAAAAUCUAAGUUUUUGUAUAUUUAAGAAAUUCUAUUUAUAUUCUGAAUAAUAUUAUCGAAAAAAAUCUUCCCAAUUACUAUGAACAAUAAUUAUAACAAAAAGUGAGAAAACAAUUUUUUUGAGACUUUUUUAAAGCCAAAAAAAGGUGACCCAUGGAAAAGUUUCAUUUUAUGUCUUUCAGUAUAUUUAUAAUAAUUUGAAAAUCAAAAAUCUAUUCUAGCGUCUGUAUGGCUGAAUUGAGCAGAAAAAUCUGUAGAAAAUGAAUUUUGGCUUGAAAAUUAAAGUUGACUAAAAUCGGCUGAGUUAAGUUUCAGAACACCCUUAAAACUUUUGUUUUUGCCCUGCUUUUGUUUAAUAUUCCAAAUAUAAAUGAUAGUGGGAAUAUUUCAGCUGAAAGUCCGCAGUCGAGAUCUGCAACUUUGCGCCGACGUGACCACUGGAGUGGACUCUCUGGGACAGUUCCAGUAUCACGAUUUGGUGCAGCUCGACCAGGCCGGGACUGUCGGCGUGAUCGUCCGGCUGGAGAGGGAGAACCUCGAAGUCCUCAACAUGCAUGGAAAGGUUCGAAUAAUUGAAAAAAAGGAGGAUUUUUCAUUUUUCAGACUGACUGAAUAAAUGUAAGGAAAAUUGGAAAAUACGAGUUCUAAUCCCAAUUUUCAGUUAAUUAAUUUUACAAGGGUUAUAAGAUCUAGCAUAAAAAUAUAUGGUUUUAAAAGUUGAAUGGAAUUUUUACAAAAAGGAUACAUAUUGUAAAUAUUAUUUGUUAAUCAGGUUUCUGAAGGCAGAGAGCGAACAAUUCGAUAGUAGGAAAAAAUUGGUGUAUGCACAGUUCACGCUCACGAAUAUUCACGGACCCAAAAUUCCUUCCUACCAUCAACAAUUACUAGCUAAGAAAGGAUCCAAUCAAGCAAUAAAUUCCAUUUUCAUUGUUUCGCGCGAGAGGAUCACGUUUUAAAAUCACAGCAGAAUAAAAGCUACCGCAAACAUAGCUUCUUCACAUAUUUGCUCAAAAUAACUGCAGAAAAGGUAUCCAAGCGAAUUUUGGUCAAACUUGAACAAGUGGGGGAUGGAAGAUGAAUAAAAAUGGGGUGGGGAAACAGAAAAGUUAUGUUAGCUUAUUCUUGAAAAAAAGAGGAAAUUUAAAAUGUUUAUACGUUUUUUUAUAAAGUCUGGUUUGAAUAGUUUGAAAGAAUGGAUAGAUUUUUGAGUUUUGCCACAUUUUUUUCCUCAAUAUUUUUUUGUUCUGUGGUUUUUUUCUAAUCAUAAUUUUUUUCACUUUUUUUAAAUCAAAAAUCAAAAGAUGUGAAAGGGACGUGAAUUAUUGUUCAUCAGAGCCUUGAAAUGGCUCCGAAUCGGUAGUUUCUCCUUUUGUUUUUGCGUUUCGGAACGAUUUUGGUGUUUUUCAAAGCAAUUUUUGAAAAUUUUACGAGAUUUUUUUCUUGAAGAGUUAUCCAAAUAUGUUUUAGAUCAUCCGAAUCAAGCCGCAAGCGAUUAUUAGCAAAAAAGACGUGAGAUUUUCCCGGGCCUUGGACAGCCAGAAUAACAGUAUCGAAGCCAGGGACCUGGUCAAGAUUGUCGAUGGACCUCACGCGGUUCUCAUCAAGAAAGGAAAUUAAGAAAAUGAAGAAUCAUUCUCAGAAAGAAAGAGAACGAGAGGACGACACUGUCGGCGAAGUCAAGCACGUCUACAGGAAUUUCGCCUUCGUCUACCUCCGAAAAAUGACACAAAACGGCGGAAUGAUCUCCUGCCGCUGCAAGCAUCUCUUGCUCCAGGGCGCCAAGAAACGUGAGUUCCGAGGAAAAUUCAAAAAAGUCUCAAAAUAUCAAUAAGGUGAACGUUUAAGUUCUAAAAAAAAAAAAAGAAUUUUUUCAGGAGAAAAAUUGAAAAAACGCAUUUUUUUAGCAGUCCUCUCGUGGACUUUCAAGUAAAAUUUAUAAUCAAGUAUCUCUAUAAAAAAAUUGACAAAGUAUCAAAUUGAUGUUGAAAUUUUUUUCAGGGUAAAUACUUGGAAAAAAACUUUUUUUAGAAGGCUUUCCGGUUUCGACUUCAGAACAAAACAAUAAAAUAUUGAACUCUUGUGAUUUACAGAUAACCGUUUGAACACAGCUUACCUUUUCUAAAAAAAUUUUUGUAAAUAAUGAAUUUUUUUAUGAAGUGGAAGCUGACCUUGCUUUUCGUUUUUUUUUAAUCCAUCGCCACAAUGUUCCCAAAAGAACGAAAGUAUAACAUUUUUAAUCGGAAGUUCGUAAUUUUCAGAAGAGACGCCGGUGAUGGCGCGAAUGCAGUCGCCGAAUCCGAUGGCCUCGCCGCGACCAUUCGGCGCCGCGACGCCGCGAAGCGACAACAUGUCGACCGGAUCGCGAAGUGUUGGCGGACAGACGCCCAAGAAUAAUCGUCGGUUUUUUUCGUCCGAAAAAUAGUAUUAAUCACUAAAAUCUCUACUAAAAAAAUGUUAGAAGAGCAUUCAACUCUGAGCGGGUUUAAAAUAAUUGAGAGAUAGUCCGUUCGCGGCGACUUGACAGUUCUCGAGUGUCUGCGUCUCUCUGUUCCCUCGUCGGCGAGGUCAGAGAAACGUGGAAAUAGCACAAAAAACAUUAGAGGGUCGCCGAGAGACGAGGAGGGCACAGAAGUCCCGAAAAUUGUCGAAAAAUCGGAAUAAAAAACUAGAAAAAUCUUUAAAAAUCUCGAGGCGAAGAGCUUCUUUCAGUCAUAUUUUUGAAUUAAUUAUGAAACUUUCCUGAUCUUUUUUUCUGAGAGACCUAACUUUUUCAAAGUAUUUUUGUUCUCUCUUGAAAUUACUGUAGGAUUUUUCUUAAAACCUCAUUUUUCCAAGUUCUGUAUGAGAAUUUUUUUCAGCCAACCUUGGAACGGCGAACAACUUGCGAAUCCGUCGUAAUAAUGCGAUAAUUGGAAAGAACAUCCGCGUCACUCAAGGACCUUUCAAGGUAAAAAAAGUUAUAGAUGAUUAAAUCAUAUUUUUAAUUAGCGUUAAUUUCAAAAAAAUAAUUAAUAAAGAAAAACUUAUUUCUCCGAUUAGAAAGUGUAUAGGCUCACAAAAAAACUGAAUUUUUUUGGAAAAUAAGUUUCAAGGCUCAAUUUUUCAGGGAUAUUUCGGUAUUGUACGCGAUGCGACUGAACAGACGGCUCGUGUCGAACUUCAUUCAUCCUGCAAGGUUGGCUUGGAAUGAAGAAAACGAAGAAAGUUGUGAAAAGAUUCUUUUUUGAAAAGGAAAAAUUGAGUUUUAGGUGUUUAAUUAAAUAAAGUGCGGAAAAUUUCAAUUUUUUUCGAAAAAAAUUAUCACAAAAAGUCUUGGUUUUUCUCUUCAUAACAUACGCGGGCAAGUAGAUAAUUCAAUUAGUCUGUAAGGAGGUGUUUCAAUAAAUGAGUUAUUAAAAUGAGUUUCAAUCCUAGAGAGAAAGUUCAGUCAAAAAGGUGAGAUUAUUGAUUUUAGGAAAGUAUUAGUAAUUUCAAUUUAUGAAAGCUCGGGAGAAUGCGCCCUUGCUUCAUUGGUGACUCCCCAUUUUCCCUGCUAGAAAAAAAAAGGAAGAUGAUCCAAUCUACACAAAUUGGUGUGAAAGAACUUCGAAAAACUGGAAUAUUCCUCUAAAAAAUCAAAAAUGAAGGAAAUCCUUCCCAUUCAGACCAUUUCUGUGGACUGUUCCCGUCUGAUGGUCGUCGGCGACGCCGGCCGCGCGACGACUUCUGGCGCGGCGUCGUUCCUCUACUCGAAGACGCCCAGCAGCGACCCCACCAAGACGCCCAUGUACAGCGGCUCCAAGACGCCCAUGUACGGCUCGGCGACCCCCAUGUACGGGUCUCAGACUCCUGCUCAAGACGGUCCGUCCUCCAGAAGCUCCCCCAGCUCAUUCCGAACCUUUUGCAGGCUCGAGAACUCCUCACUACGGCUCGAUGACGCCCGCCUACGAGAACUCGCACGGCGGCCGCACCCCGGCCUACGACCGGACUCCCGCCUUCACCCCCGGCUACGAGUCGAGCAGCGGCCGGACUCCCGCCUACGACAGCGGCAGCAACAGAACGCCCGCCUACGGUAACCGUACGCCGGCUUACGAGACGGCUGGAGACCGCACUCCCGCCUACGACAAUCACAGCUCUGGAAGGUUUGUCGGGGUUUUUUUCUUGGGAACAAGGUCACAGAUUAACACAACAUUUACAUACAAAACCUCCUUUUUUGUCUAUUUUCAAAAAUAUUUCAUAGGUAAAGUCGGAAAAGGUUCCAUAGAAAUGUUCCUUUUUUGCUGCCUUUUUGCACCAUUUUCCGAGCCCUUGGGCACCCUUUUUGCUGCCUCUCCUUUUUUCGCACCAUUUCUUGAGCCUUUAAAAUCUUAGAAAAAAGUGGAAGACUCGAUAAAGGGAUUUCUUUGGUGCCUUUCUGCGGCCUUUUCGAGUCUUUCCCGUUUAGCGGCCAUUAUCCACCAUUCCGACUUUGCCCGAGCUCCACAAGACAAAUUUUACUGAUUUUCUGUUGGAUUUAUUCGCAAAAUCGUACACUUUUUAUUGUCAAGGCAACACUUAAGUGUUCAACACCACUUUAGUAAUAACUUAUUGGUUUAGAAUCGUCCGAAUAAAAACACCUGAUUUUUUCGCACCUUCUCCGACUAUGAGAAUUUAAUGAAAAUAAUUGGAAGGUCAUCCAAUCAAGUUUUUUCGAAACUGAAAUCAGAGAUAGAAAAAAUUAAUCUUUUCAAAAAUACCAAUAAAAAUAUUUCCUGAACCUAUUUCUUCCCGCAAUUUUUUAAAAUCUUCAGAAAUCUCCUAAGUCAUUAAUCAAUAACGUUUGCGGUCCUUGGCUUUCGAAUGCUGGAGUUAGAAUUUUUUUUUGAGUAAAAACCUGGAUUAUUGAGCUCUUAAGGCCCACAGUAGCAUCAUAGAAGAAAAACAUUUUAUUUUGUAAGUAUUUUCUCAAAAUAACAAUGACCAUAAUCAAUACUGUUUCAUUUUUUAUCACUUCAACUUCGACAUUUUCCUUUUUCCAGAACUCCGGCCUACGACUCGAUGUCCGCCGGCGGCCGUACUCCGGCCUAUGAGAAUUCUCACGGAGGCAGAACUCCGGCCUACGAAAAUCAGAGUGGCAGAACGCCAGCUUAUGAGAACCAGAGCGGUCGCACUCCGGCUUACGAAAACCAGAGCGGCCGCACGCCGGCCUAUGAGUCGGCCAAGACUCCGGCCUACGACAACGAGUUCGCUCCGCAGUCGCCGACCUAUGACGGACCGAGCUCGCCCAGGGACAGCGAUGAGGAGGAGGAGCCGGAGGUAGUGUCAUGUUGAUUGAAAAAGCUGUUUUCUUUGGGUUCGAGGGUUACAAAGCUGAUUCGGUUUGUACUCGGUUUGCUUCAAAACCUUAAGAGUUUUAGAUAGAAUUUUUGAUAAAAGGCCAAAAACAGAAGAUAUAUAUUUUUUUAUUUUUUUCUUUAAAGGUUUGAAUCUUCAUUUAUUCGAAGUCUCAUUAUUUUUUUAGCGAAUAAGAAUUUUUCAAAAUUUUUGUUUCCGACAGUUUUUUGGUUUUUCGAGUUUUUUUGUAAUGGUUUGUAGAUACUGUAUGAACUGCCCGCGGUUUCAAAAUUAUUCACUGAAAGAAGAUUACGUGAAAUUAGUUGAAAAAAUUGAAUUUCGAGUUGUUUCGUUCUUUAAUUUUGUUGAAAAAUAUUUUGUAAGCUCCAUUUACGGCAUUCCUAAUGGGGUGAGGGAAGGUAAGCGAGGCGUCAAAGUUUCUGAAUUUACAAAAAAAAAGUAAGUGCGCGCUUCGGAUAAAAUGACGUCAUUCUACGUCACAAAUUACAUGAGUAUUCAAUGUUAUUAAAUUUUUUGUUCGAUCGCUUUUGGCUGCGUACUUGAGAUUUAAAUUUUCGCGCCAAUUUUUUUUUUUUUUUGACGUUUUCCCACCCCGUUUGGGACUCCAUUCUUCAUGAAACUGACUGGCCUUCCUGCGCUCUCUUUUCUCUCACCAGAGAAAUCUUAAAAAAGUGAAAAUAGAAGGAAAGAAUGGGUUUUACAACAAAAGCUUUGAUAAAUUGGAUUGCUUUAAGUUUCGGGGAAUGAUGUAUAAAAAAUGGGGGACUUUUUAGAAAUUUUUCUAAGUUUAGUUCAUUCUCUAUUUUCAUCAUUUUUAAGCGCGUCAGCUCUCCGGUCUACGAUUCGCCAGCCUCACCGCAAUACGUUGCUCCGACUCCUGGCGCCAAUUUGAACCCCCAGACGCCGUAUUCCGUCGACAGCGGUUUCUAUCUCUUCCCGUGAAGUUAUAAUGAGGCAUUUUAGGUAAUUUCAAUGCUCCGAUGACGCCUGGCAAUGCGAUGUACAACGACUACGCGGCCCCCUCGCCGUUCCCAAGUGGACCCAAUUACGAGGCCGGCAGUUACAGCACGGCCGACGAGACUAUCCGUGAGUUUUGUAAAUGAAAAUUCAAGGUGUUUCAGAAGCAAGACAAAAUUAAUCAUUUCGCCGCUUUGAAUUUGAAAAAUAGAUUCAGAAACGGAAAUUUUGUUUUGUUUAUCUUUAUCGAAACUUGAGAAAAAAAUGUACUGCAGCCGACAAAAAGCAUCCGAAAUAGUUAUUUUUUUCAGAACAAGUGAGAAAAACAAGAAAAAAAUCUGACUUUGGUCCAAAAAAACUCAAGAAAUUUCCCGAAAAAAAGACGAAAUUAAUCAUUUUUUUCUGCACUCGAAAAAAAUUCAGAAGCUGAGUUUUAGUUUUUCUUAAUCAUGGAUUUUUUUGAUUUAUAAAAUUGAGUUGAAGUUGUCGAAAAAAACUUCCAAAAAAAUAGGUAUUUUUUUAUCCGAAGGAGAAAAACCAGGAAAAACAAAGAAAUUGCUGAAAAAGUUUAAAUUUAGCUAACAAAAAGCAGUAAUUACGACCUACAAGUCUAAAAGUUUUUGUGAGAAAAAUCGUCUGAAACUCUGAAAUUUUUUUCGAUGGUGACUAGUUUCAAUAGUUUUUUGUCUCAACAAAAAAGCUGCGAUUCUUCAAAAUUUCAAUGAAUCUCGUUGACAUCGUUUUUGAUGUUUCGAGUAAAGCUCAAAAAAAUUGAAUAAAUUUUUUUGAUUUUUGUUUGUUACAUUGCGAUUAGGCUCGAUUUUACUCUAACAAAAAUAGGAGUGUACUCCGCAGUGAACCCCGAAAAAGGUGAACUUUUGGCUGAUUUUUGCUCUGCACCCCACGUUUUACCUUGAAAAAUAUUCGCAUUUUUCGAUUUUGAUAAGGUUUUCUGACCAAGAAAUCAAUAAACUUUAAAAAAGUCAUUUUUUCGUUUCCUGUCAUUGGAAUGAAGAUUAUUUCUACAAAAAGGGUAUUCUUUCAAUAAUAAGGUUUUUUUGAAUUGGCCCCAAAACGCAUCGCGACCGCUUCGUACACGAACUGCAAUAGUGGCACUCCACCUUUUCAAGCCGAGAAAAAAUAAUUUUACUUUAUGAGCAUUUUUUUUUUCAGCUCAACACCAUCUGUCGCAAGGCAAAUGGAUCGUGCAGAAUAUGUACGUGACGAUCGUCGACCACGACCCGAGAUUCAACGAUCGUGAGGGCGUCGUUCGUCAAGUUGCCGUGCGUUUUGAAAUGCUCAAAAUUUCUUCAUAGAUUUGAUAACAUUGAAAUUAAUCUCAUUUCCCUUGUUACGCUAUCAUUUUCAGAACGGGCGCGUCGAACUCUACGUUCCUGACCUGAAGACCGACCUUGAGGCGGAUUUUGAUCAAGUCGUGCCAACGCGUCCGCAUGCACACGAUUAUGUAAGUUUUUAUCGAAGUUUGUGGGGAUUGCCGCCAAAAAUAAGCCUCUUUGCGCAUAGUUCAAUCAUUAAAACUUUCUGAAAUAUAAAAAAAAUCAGCUAGGAGAACCUGAAUUUGGAUUAGGGCUUUAAAGAGGAAUCUUCAUGAGGAUCUUUUUGAGAAUGGCUCGACGAGUUGCGGUCGCGCUGCGGUUUCAGCUAGAUAUGUAAAAAAAAAACUGAUCAUAAGAUUUUUUACUAGAUACGCGGAAGUCACUUUUGGUCGGGCGCACAUUUGUGUUGAUAAUUUGUUUCGUCGUUGACCAAUCCUACAAGUAAAAAAUUUUAGCGACAUCUGGAUCUCUCCUGUUCACACGCUAUAUAGCUGAUUCACGGUUAACCUAGGACGCUAAGAGGGCGUGGCUUGUCUGCGCUCUCCACGAGCCAGUCACUAUCUCAAGCAUUAUCGUGUCAGGACCCUUUUUUUGAUGGCUCAAGCCAGCCGUGAAUCAGCUAUAUUCAGUUUAUGAAGAACAUCAAGUUUUUUUAAUUUUAGUGAUUUUUUUUUUCGUAGUUUUCGUCCAAAACUAGAUGUCCCAUUGAACUUAGCGUGGAAUUCUCUAUGAGAUAGGAAAAAUUUUCAUCAAAUUGGUGAUUUUCAAAUCAAAAACCUUGGCUCUAACCGCAACGCGUUAAGCCAUUCCAAGUGCGGCUUUUGAAAAUCAACUCAUAAUGAAGAUAAUUCGAAAAAUUGUCCAGGUCCGCGUGAUCUACGGACCGGACAUGGGCUACACCGGAGUCGUCGUGGAGCUGAGAGGGAGUUCGGCGAUCAUCCGUUCGAACGCCGACCAUUCCUUGGAACGCAACAUCAACGCCGGCCUCUGCUGCAGAAUGGCCGGCGAUUAA